AUGGCAGCUGCCAUCACACAAGAAGGAGCUGAGAAAACAGCCAAGGACUUGACCAAUGGUCAGACCAAGGUCAACAACUGGUCGGCGCCCGGAGGAGCAGCCUUUGACUUCCGCUCAGAUGUCAUGACUCGACCGACAACGCGCAUGCUCGAGGCCAUUGCUGCAACAACGCUUCAAGAUGAUGUCUUUAUGGAAGACCCCACAUCUAACGACUUGGAGAGCUUCAUUGCAGACCUGACAGGCAAGGAGGCUGCCCUGUUCGUCCUGUCGGGCACAAUGGGCAACCAGGUAGCCUUGCGUACCCAGCUCUUGGCCCCGCCUCAUGCUGUCCUCACUGACCACCGCUCACACAUUGUCCAAUGGGAGGCUGGUGGUGUCGCUAGUAUGUGUGGUGCUCUUAUCCAGGCAGUUGUGCCCGCCAACGACAAGUACUUGACACUGGAAGACGUCAAGAAGUAUGCUGUCAUUAGCAAUGACAUCCAUGCCUGUCCAACAAAGCUUCUCAGUCUGGAAAACACUCUCAAUGGCAUCGUGACCCCUCUCGACGAGUUCCAGCGUAUCAGUGCCUGGGCCAAAGAGAAUGGCAUCCUGAUGCACCUUGAUGGUGCCAGGUUAUGGGAGGCCGUUGCCUCUGGUGCUGGAUCUCUCAAGGACUACUGUGCAUGCUUCGAUUCCAUCUCACUCUGCUUUAGCAAAGGUCUAGGUGCACCCAUUGGUAGCAUCCUUGUCGGAACAAAGCAGUUCCGUGAAAGAGCACGCUGGAUCAGGAAGAGUAUCGGUGGUGGCUUGCGUCAGGCAGGUGUUGUCACUGCUGCCGCUCGCGUUGCUGUCGAAGACACGUACCUUGGUGGCAAGUUGACCGCGAGCCAUGACAGAGCACGUCAGAUCGCCGCUAUGUGGGAAAAGCUUGGUGGUAAGACCUCGAACCCCGUCGAGACAAACAUGUGCUGGCUGGAUCUUGACGCUGCUGGCAUCAGCGUCACGGACUUUAUUGCAGCUGGAGAAAAAGUUGGCCUCAGACUAGGAGGCGGACGUCUCGUCGUUCAUUACCAGAUCGACGAAGAAGCCAUUUCACGUCUGGAAACCUUGAUGAAAGCCGUGCUUCAAGGCAAGAAGCUCGAAGGCACAGUUGAUCAUGACCCGGAGGACUUGAACAUCAAGGUUGAAUAG